AUGUUUCGAGCGGCACCGCGACUAAUUGCGCGUCCAGCGCUGCGGACUGCGUCAUUGCGGUCCGUCGCACCCACCAAGCGUUAUAUCAGCACAGCUCCGCCAUCACAAAAGUCCAGAAGUUUCAAGAGCUUGGUUGCGCGGGUGGGCAUUGCUGGCGCCAUAAUAUAUUACUACAACACAACGGAUGUUUUCGCAGAAGAGCCGAGGCAGCUUGUCCAGGCACUCCCAGAAACCGAAGUAGAAUCCGAGCACCUACCCACCAUCGAAUCGAUCGCUGAAGAACGCAAGCGAAGACAGGCGGUGCAAGCGCAAUUGGAGAUUCAGAAGCAAAAAGAGGCCGAAAGUGCACAGCAGAAUGGUGAACAGGGAGGGAUUGAAGGACUAGAAGAAGAGGCGGAUCAGCAAGGCGCGUUCAAUCCAGAGACUGGAGAAAUCAAUUGGGAUUGCCCAUGCUUGGGAGGUAUGGCCCAUGGCCCUUGCGGUGAGCAGUUCAAAUCGGCUUUCAGUUGCUUUGUCUACUCGAAAGAGGAACCCAAGGGCAUGGACUGCAUCGACAAAUUCAAGGACAUGCAGAACUGCUUCCGUGAAUACCCCGAGAUUUACGGCUCCGAGCUUGACUCUGAUGACGCUGAUGACGACAUGACCGCGGCUCCAGAACCAGUGGAGACAUCGAGCCAGCCUUCCACCGAUUUCGCUCCUCAGGCCGACUCUGCACCUAAGCUUUCGACAACUGAAGACUCGGAAUUGGUUCAAGACAAAUCGACCGGCGAGCAGAAGUCAAAGCCAGCCGCCUCGGAUGCUGGCCUUGUACCUGAAGAAUACAGACCCGAGAGCAAGCACAACCCAGUUUUCGAUGCCAGGGGAGAUAUGAGCAGUGUGGAGAGCGAGAAGGAGAAGAACAGUCAAAAGCCAAAGGACGCGAGUGAUAGCACGAAGGCGAAAAAGCAGGAGCCGGUUAGUGAGAGCAAGAGCCUAGUGCCCAAGGCCAGCCACGAUGCCAGCGAGCCGGGAACGGAGAAGCUUUCUCAGAGGUAG